CCGGUAGCCGGUCACAUAUUCAAAAGUCGACUUCCACACCUCUGGUUGAUAAAGGGAUAACGUGCCACUUCCCUCUGUCUCUCUGGUUCUCUCUCUGAACGAACUAUGGCUACCUGUUCUUAUCUUCUCAAUCAUGCUCACAUUAAAGGAUGGCCUUCAAGGAUAAGGAUAUCCAAGCAUGGAAACCCCACAAUCACUGAAAGCUUUAGGUGUCCCAGUAAAAGGCAAGGACUUGUAAUUGCACAAUGUUCCACCUCAUGUUUGAUGGAAAUUGCAGCUUCGCCUAGCAUUUCUGGGAAGCCAUUUGAUCCCCAUUCGGUUUCCGAGAUUCUCAGGGUGAUCGACAUGCCAGAAACAUCUCACACCGCUGUCUCAAAUUUCAUGCCCAAGUUGGUGGUGGCAGAUUUGGACCCUGCUACAGCAAAGCUGGCGAUUGCGUUUCUAGGACCCUUUCUGGCUCUGUUUUCGUUUCUCUUCAUUGUAAGAAUAGUGAUGUCCUGGUACCCAAAAAUUCCUGUGGGGAAGUUCCCAUAUGUUUUGGCUUACGCUCCCACAGAGCCAAUUCUCAUCCCAACCAGAAAGUUGAUCCCACCUUUAGGGGGCGUGGACGUAACCCCUGUGGUCUGGUUUGGAUUGAUUAGUUUCCUGAAUGAGAUAUUAAUAGGUCCACAAGGGCUACUUGUGCUUCUAUCUCAACAAGUAAACUGAUAUAGGAUGGUAGUCAAGAAUUUUCUUUUCUGUGCUAUAUCUGAGAGAUACUUUUUUGGGGAGAGAGUGAAUAAUAAACUUCAUAAUGACAUUGCUGUUCUGUUUUUGUA